AUGGUGAAGCUUGAAGUGAACGGAUUUGGUCGUAUUGGGCACCUGGUUACUAGGGCUACCUUCAACUCUGGCAAAGCAGAUACUGUUGCCAUCAAUGACUCUUUCAUUGACCUCAACUACAGGGUCUACAUGUUCCAGUAUGACUAUACCCAUGGCAAGUUCAAAGGCACAGUCAAGGCUGAGAACAGGAAACUUGUCAUCAACGGGAAGGCCAUCUCCAUCUUCCAGGAGCGAGAUCCCGCCAACAUCAAAUGGGGUGAGGCUGGUGCCGAGUAUGUUGUGGAGUCUACUGAUGUCUUCACCACCAUGCAGAAGGCUGGGGCCCACUUGAAGAGUGGGGUCAAAGGGUCAUCAUCUCUGCCCCUUCUGCUGAUGCCCCCACGUCUGUGAUGGGUGUGGGACUGUGAGAAGUAUGACAACUCACUCAAGAUUGUCAGUAAUGUCCUGCACCACCAACAGCUUAGCCAACUCCUGCCCCAGCCAAGGUCAUCCAUGCCAUCGCUGCCUCCCAGAAGACUGUAGAUGGCCCCUCUGGGAAGCUGUGAUGUGAUGGCCAUAGGAUUGCCCAAAACAUCAUCCCUGUAUCCACUGGUGAUGCCAAGGCUGUGGGCAGGUCAUCCCAGGGCUGAACGGGAAGCUCACUGGCUUGGCCUUCUGUAUUACACCCCUAACAUGUCCAUCUUUAAUCUGACAUGCUACCUGGAGAAAGUUCCAAGUAUAAUGACAGCAAGAUGGUGGUGAAGCAGGCAUGGGAGGGCCCACUAAAGGGCAACCUGGCCUACACUGAGGACCGGGUUGUCUCCUGCAACUUUAAUAAGGAUGCCCACUCCUCCACCUUUGAUGCUGGGAUUGACAUUGUUCUCAAUGACAACUCUAUAAAGCUCAUUUCCUGGUAUGGUACUGGUAUGAUAACGAAUCAUACAGCAACAGGGUGGUGGAUUUCAUGGCCUACAUGGCCUCCA